AAAAGUCUUAAGAGGCAAAGGAACAGGACGCAAGACCCUCCCGGCACCCUUGGUUGAGCCCAGUCAAGAACAGUUCUAGCAAGCAGAGCUGGUGUUUCAUUGAAUCCUACUGAGGGGGAAGGCGAAAGAAGCCAGAAGCAAACUUCAGCUGUCUCCGCGGGUCUGUGGUUCCCGCAUUUAGAAGAGCCGCGUGCCAGAAGGCGUAGGAACCCACGGGGGACAAGGAGGAGCCCCGACUCUCCCUCGCCCAUUCCUUGAGGACAGAGGUGUGGAUUGAGGCGCGCGGGACAACAGCGGCAGAAGAGGGUAGGAGAAGAUGCGGGGCUCCCGGCCCCGGGGUGCGGGACGCCGAAGGCCCCCGGGCGGCUGCGGCGGCGACACCCUCCGUACCCCUGCGUCUCUGGCCGGCUGCUACUCCGCACCUCGCAGGGCCCCACUCUGGACGUGCCUUCUCCUGUGCGCCGCGCUUCGGACCCUCCUGGCCAGCCCCAGCAACGAAGUGAAUUUAUUGGAUUCACGCACUGUUAUGGGGGACCUGGGAUGGAUUGCUUUUCCAAAAAAUGGGUGGGAAGAGAUUGGUGAAGUUGAUGAAAAUUAUGCCCCUAUCCACACAUACCAAGUAUGCAAAGUUAUGGAACAGAAUCAGAAUAACUGGCUUUUGACCAGUUGGAUAUCCAAUGAAGGUGCUUCCAGAAUCUUCAUAGAACUCAAGUUCACUCUGCGAGACUGUAACAGCCUUCCUGGAGGACUGGGAACCUGUAAGGAAACUUUUAACAUGUAUUAUUUUGAGUCAGAUGAUGAGAAUGGAAGAAACAUCAAGGAAAACCAGUACAUCAAAAUCGAUACCAUUGCUGCUGAUGAGAGCUUUACGGAACUUGAUCUUGGUGACCGUGUCAUGAAACUGAAUACAGAGGUCAGAGAUGUAGGACCUCUAAGCAAAAAGGGAUUUUAUCUUGCUUUCCAAGAUGUUGGUGCUUGCAUUGCUCUGGUUUCUGUGCGUGUAUACUAUAAAAAAUGCCCCUCUGUGAUACGGCACUUGGCUGUCUUCCCUGACACUAUCACUGGAGCAGAUUCUUCACAGUUGCUUGAGGUGUCAGGCUCCUGCGUCAACCAUUCUGUGACAGAUGAACCUCCCAAAAUGCACUGCAGUGCUGAAGGGGAGUGGCUGGUGCCCAUUGGGAAGUGCAUGUGCAAGGAAGGAUAUGAAGAGAAAAAUGGCACCUGUCAAGCCCCCUCUCCAGUCACCAAUGUGAAAAAGGGGAAAAUUGCAAAAAACAGCAUUUCUUUGUCUUGGCAAGAGCCGGAUCGCCCCAAUGGAAUCAUCCUGGAGUAUGAAAUUAAAUAUUUUGAGAAGGAUCAAGAGACCAGCUACACUAUUAUCAAAUCGAAAGAGACCACUAUUACUGCAGAGGGCUUGAAACCAGCUUCAGUGUAUGUCUUCCAAAUUCGAGCACGUACAGCAGCAGGCUAUGGUGUCUUCAGUCGAAGAUUUGAGUUUGAAACCAUCCCAGUGUCAGUUGCAGCCUCCAGUGAUCAAAGCCAGAUUCCUAUAAUUGCUGUGUCUGUGACAGUGGGAGUCAUUUUGUUGGCAGUGGUUAUCGGCUUCCUUCUCAGUGGAAGUUGCUGCGAAUGUGGCUGUGGGAGGGCUUCUUCCCUGUGCGCUGUUGCCCAUCCAAGCCUAAUAUGGCGAUGUGGCUACAGCAAAGCAAAGCAAGAUCCAGAAGAGGAAAAGAUGCAUUUUCAUAAUGGGCACAUUAAACUGCCAGGUGUAAGAACCUAUAUUGAUCCACAUACCUAUGAGGAUCCCAAUCAAGCUGUCCAUGAGUUUGCCAAGGAAAUUGAAGCUUCAUGUAUCACCAUUGAAAGAGUUAUUGGAGCAGGUGAAUUUGGUGAAGUUUGUAGUGGACGUUUGAAACUACCAGGAAAAAGAGAGCUACCUGUGGCUAUCAAAACCCUUAAAGUUGGCUACACAGAAAAACAACGUAGAGAUUUCCUGGGUGAAGCAAGUAUCAUGGGGCAGUUUGACCAUCCUAACAUCAUCCAUUUAGAAGGUGUUGUGACCAAAAGUAAACCAGUGAUGAUAGUGACAGAGUAUAUGGAGAAUGGUUCUUUAGAUACAUUUUUAAAGAAAAACGACGGGCAGUUCACUGUGAUUCAGCUUGUUGGCAUGCUGAGAGGCAUCGCUGCAGGAAUGAAGUACCUUUCUGACAUGGGCUACGUGCACAGAGACCUUGCUGCUAGAAACAUCUUAAUCAACAGUAACCUUGUGUGCAAAGUGUCUGACUUUGGACUUUCCAGGGUACUGGAAGAUGAUCCUGAGGCGGCCUAUACCACAAGGGGAGGCAAAAUUCCAAUCAGAUGGACUGCCCCAGAAGCAAUAGCUUUCCGAAAGUUCACCUCCGCCAGUGAUGUCUGGAGUUAUGGAAUCGUAAUGUGGGAAGUUGUCUCUUAUGGAGAGAGACCCUACUGGGAGAUGACCAAUCAGGAUGUGAUUAAAGCAGUAGAGGAAGGCUACCGUCUGCCAAGCCCCAUGGAUUGUCCUGCUGCUCUCUAUCAAUUAAUGCUGGAUUGCUGGCAGAAAGACCGGAAUAGCAGGCCCAAGUUUGAUGAAAUAGUCAACAUGUUGGACAAGCUGAUUCGCAACCCAAGUAGUCUGAAAACUCUGGUUAAUGCUUCAAGCAGAGUAUCUAAUUUGUUGGCAGAACAUGGCCCUCUAGGAUCUGGGGCCUAUAGAUCAGUAGGUGAAUGGCUAGAAGCAAUCAAGAUGGGCCGGUAUACAGAGAUUUUCAUGGAAAAUGGAUACAGUUCAAUGGACGCUGUGGCUCAGGUGACCUUGGAGGAUUUGAGACGGCUUGGAGUGACUCUUGUCGGUCACCAGAAGAAGAUCAUGAACAGCCUUCAAGAAAUGAAGGUGCAGCUGGUGAACGGAAUGGUGCCAUUGUAACUUCUGCUAAUGUCACUUCUUCCAGUGAAUGAUUCUGCACUUUGUAAACAGCCCUGAGAUUUAUUUUAACAAAAAAAGGGGAAAAAGGGAAAACAGUGAUUUCUAAACCUUAGGAGAGCUAUGUCUCAUCCACAGAAUUUGUAAUCAGUGUUUUACUAAAAUCUCCAUAUCUUCCUCUCAGUUUCUUCAUUUUUCAUGAAGCAACAAUGACCUUCAGAAAAUAAGAACAAAAAUACUAUCUUAUGUUACAUAAAAAUCCUCACCACUACUUCUACAAAAUUUUUACAUGAAAAUACAAAUAUAUAGCACCUUCACAGACUAAAUUAAGGCAGCCCCUUUCAAAACUUCCAGGGAUCUACUUGAAAGGAAAAGUCUUAUAGCCAUUUGUGGGCUAAGAAAAGCUGCAGUUUACUGAAGUUUACUUCAAGUCUUAAUUGUCUACAUAAGUGUAUUGAAGAGCAAUAUGAUUAGAUUAUUUCUUAAUACAUAUCUUCUUUUGUAAUUUUAAAAUGCUAUUUACAUGGUAUUAAGUUAUAGAAACUAGUUUAUAAACACAUUGCUUGAUCAAGGAAAAGUACAAUACAGGGUGUGUAUUUAUUUUUCUGUGUUAUAAAACUUACUUUUAGUUGCUCUUCUAGAGACUAUUAGGUAAUAAAUGUGUAUAUAUUGUAUAUUUUGCAAUAUAUCUGAAAACUGAUUUAAGUUGGAAUUGUGUGGGUAUG